AUUUCACCGUGUUUGGGGUUGCAUCUACCGCGUCGCGUGACCGCAUCAGAGUCCACAGCAAAUCAGGAGGCCCUUGGCAAACGAAAUCGAGCAUUUCAAGUACGAAUUCGAGUGUUUUUUGAGACCGGAAAGGCUAAUAUGCUGAUGUAGCAUCGAAUCAGUGCGCAAAUUGUCCAACGAACGGGAACUCGCCAGAGAAACAAAUUGUUGCUCCAGCCGCCGGGCAUAGAAAAAGUGGAAACAUCACAUUAACUGAAAAAGCAAGCAAAACCAAUUAAAAUCAAUUUAAAUUCAUACGAAAUGUCGCCAUUCAUGGAGAAGACGUUGUUGUUGUUAGGCGUGCUCUGCUGCAUACAAGUGACCACUGCCCUGAUGUGCUACGACUGCAACAGCGAGUUCGACCCCCGCUGCGGCGAUCCCUUCGAGCCGUACUCCAUUGGCGAGGUGAACUGCAGCAAACAGGAGCCGCUGGAGCACCUGAAGGACAAGUACAAGCCCACCCUGUGCCGCAAAACCGUGCAAAAGAUUUACGGGAAGACCCGGAUCGUGCGAGGAUGCGGAUACAUCCCAGACGAAAACACCGACAACAAGUGCGUGAGACGCUCGGGAACCCACGACGUGGCCGCCAUCUACUGCUCCUGCACCAAGGAUCUGUGCAACGGAGCCAACUCGAAUGCUGGCCAGUGGAUGAUGCUGCCCCUCAUCCUGGCCGCCGGAUCGGCGCUCCUGCUGAACCUGAACUCGAGGCACACAAUACGAUUCCAGAGCUCGUAAAUUGGGCUCGAACUAGCAUUUCACUGCGUUCACAUGUACUUAUCGUUUUCGAGUUUGUUUUCAGUGGUUUUUCGAUUCAGUUGUGCAGUUGAUGCUCAUUUAGUUGCAUACUUUACUUUAAUAUAUAUCAUUUAAUGUGUUCGUAAGCGUUAAACUAAUAAGAAUAAUACGGAAAUCCACUUACCUUAUAUGUUCGCAUGCAUUAUAUUAAACAGGAUAAAAUCGAAAAUGGUAACACACACUUUUGGGGGCAGUAAUAAAAGAACCUUGUUAAGCCUUUGUUCGAAAUUAAUUUUAAAAUACAGAAAAACUGCCAGUAAAUGUCUCCGCCUAAAAAUUCAACCGUCGACCCUAAAAGAAGUCCUUAGUAAGAAAUGAAGAUCCUUGAUCUACUACAUAAGUCGUAACCCGAAAUAACUCAAAAUCAGCGACGUAGGAACACCUUUUUGCAAAAGAUCGAGCGAUAAAUGGUUUUCUUACUCAAUAUUUGGGGAUUUACUUAUCAAAACUCCGUUCUUUUUUGUUGUUACAAAUAUUUACAUUUUCAGUUUAUAACUGGGGUGAAUCUUUCAAGGCUUGCCCUUCAAGAAACCUGUAAGUGCAAAUUUUAAAGAUGAACAUCUAUCUUUGCGAACCAUUCUUUGCAGUAAAGAGGAUUAUUUGAUUAUUUUGUGUCAGGUAUAUAUUGGGAUUUUUUGAACCACAUCUGGUGAGGAAAUCCACACUUUCAUUUUGUUUUUUAAGCUUUUGUUCGGAGAACUAGUCUCAAUACUUAGCAAUUGAUCCGUUUGCGUAGUUCAAGAAAAUAAAUGGGGAAGGGCAUCCUCAAAGGCAAACCCUAUAUGAAACCGAUUAGUGCAAGUUCUAAGGAUGAACACCUAUCUUUACGGCAAAGAAGUUGCAAUAAUUUGUAUUCAUAACCCAUUUGAAAGAAAAUGAUGAGAAUAGCAUUGAAAUUAUUAAAAUUUAUACAGAGUAAAUAAAUGAAACCAAAGGAGAAUCCAAUCCAUCAAAUACUAAAUACGAGAAGGUAAUAAUAAAGUUUGUCCAUUAUAAGCUUCAUGAAAACUAAACCAUACUAUGCAGCCAUGAUCCCUAAGAAAUACUUUCAUCGGAUUUCCACGAAAUUCUGGCGGAAGUGGAGCUGUUAACAUGGCUGAUAUAUAAAUCUUCCUAAUACUUUAGACGGAAAGUGCAUAAACAUUUGAUUUGUGUCCCCAAUACAGUUCUAACACAAACCGAGGUACAGUCAACACAAAGCAUUGCAAGAUAUUAAUAAACAGAAACACUAGCCAACAUAUAAAACCCGUUACAAACACAUCAUUUUGUGUAGAAAAAAAAAAAAAAAUAUAUAUAUAUAUAUAUAUAAAUAUAUAUAUACAUGAAAAAUUGCAUAAAUUAUAUAACAUUAUAUUUAUUUAGUUAAAUAUUAUUAAGAAUUAUAUGGAAAGAUAAUAAGAUAAAUACAGAGAGAAGCGAGAGCAUAUGUAGAUAAACCUAACUAAUUUUAAUUUAACAAAUAAUAACAAACACUAGCCGUUGUAUCGUAAUAGUGGAAAAAUAAGAGAAUAAUUAAAAGGCGAUGAAAAGGAAGGAAAUUUAAAAUCAAUACCCCAUUAACUAGUCGCAGUACUUAAGGUUCCACAACUAAACCUAUGUAUUAUGAUGGAUAAUUUCGAUUUUGUUCUUCAUCUGAAGCGAUUUUCCAAGGAAGUCCCCAAAACUAUUGCAACUCAAGCACAUCCAAAACAAAAAACCUAAAAAAAAACGAAAACAAAAUGAAACACAAGAUCACGCAAACUUUAUAAACUGCAAAAUUAUUGAAAUAAUAAAGAGUCGUUAAAUCACCUUUCAGCGUGAAUCAUAUCAUUGAGCUUUGCUACACAAGAAGACGGGAAGACAUUCUAAACCGAAAGUAAAAACUGAAAACUAAAAACUAAAAACUAAACUAAAACAAAAUGCAAACACAACGUACAUACAUACAUAUAUUUCAAAUUAUUUAAUGCAAUUGAAAUAUGAUAAUGAGAAGUAUUUAUAAUAAAACGUUUCCAAACAAGUUACUGAAACUUAAAAAAUUUAUGAACUAAGAGUAAGAAAUCUACAGAAAGAACACACACCAAAAAAACAAGCUUUUGUCUGCGCUGGCUGAGUCGAAUAUUCUAUAACCAUAAAUAUAAUACCUAAAUAUUAUAUAUAUCUAUAUAAUUUCUUUUCGUUUUUAUAUCACAGCAACACGGAUAGCAACAAAAUGGGAAACUUAUUUAUUAUGCAAGAGAAACAUAACAGAAAGAACACUGCAAAGAUAAUAGUAUAAAAUCCAUAAGCAGAUAAAAGAUGCGAAAAAACAAGAAAAAUGAAAAGAAAAUAAAGUGAACUUGUUAAUUUUUAGCAUUUAAGUCUGUAAAGCUCCGCUUGUAGAUGAAAAAUCAAUAAAUAAACUAAAUAAAA